CAAAGACGAAAAAGACGUGUCCUAUUUUCUCAGGCGCAAGUAUACGAACUUGAAAGACGCUUUAAACAACAAAAAUAUUUAUCCGCGCCUGAAAGAGAACAUUUGUCCAGCAUGAUAAAUUUGACCCCGACUCAGGUCAAAAUAUGGUUCCAAAAUCAUCGAUACAAACACAAGAGAAUGUCCAAAGACAAGGAAAACGGAAGUUCGAAUCCCUCACCACGAAGAGUUGCGGUCCCUGUUUUAGUAAAAGAUGGUAAACCAUGC